AUGUACAUCACUCUCUAUUACAUAGUCACCCAGCUCCCUAACUCCCUUCAUGUAGUCAGGGACCACUUCCUCUCAGUCUGUCCCACCACUCUUACUGUUGACCUCUUAGAGAAGGCCCUCCUACCAGCGGAGAAGAGCAUAGUCACUGUAGGAGCCUCUCGUGGUGACCCUCGCACCCCCAUCUUUGAGGGGUGUUCUCCUUCCCCCCUUUUGCCCUCUGUCGCCUCUGCCGCUCCGGCCGACCUCGUUGGUCUUGAGUCGGUCGGUGCGGCGUCUGCCCCUUGCGGGAGACGCCGCUCUGGCAAGGGCAAGGGGGGCAAGGGCGCGGGUGGAGCUAGCGGGGGUGGUGGAGGUGGCUGUGGAGGCGGCGGAGGGAGUGGGGGUGGCGGUGGGAGUGGUGGCGGGGGUGGAGGUGUCGGUGGCAGCAGUGGAGGCGAAGGCGGCGGAGGCGGUAGCGGUGGUAGCGGAGGCGACGGUGGUGGCGGAGCUGGAGGAGGCGGUGGUGGAGGAGGUGGAGCUGGUCGGGGUGGCGCUUCGCAGCGGAGCAACUCGGGUGGUGGUCAGCGCCAGCAGCAGCAGCAGCAGCGUUCUCGGGACAUCCCCACCCCUCAGCAGCUCCGUGAGUGGUACGCGCAGCGUGAGCGUGGUGGGGGUUUUGGUCCGUGCACCUACGUCCUUCGCUCCGGCGACCGCGCGGGUGAGCAGUGUGGGGGUGCCCACCCCACCCAGCGCUGCUUUGGCCGCCUAACGGACGCUUGGCGUCAGCAGUUCCUGGAGGGUAGUGAGAUCCCCCGCUGGGGAGAGCUGUCUAGGGCAGGUGUAGCUAUCUAUGAUCUUGACUUUGAUGCUAUCCUUGCUGCCAUGUAUGCUGUGACUAUUAGUGAUGAGGGUGACUGUUACCGGUGUUUCCCGCCCGACCCGGGCAUUGCUACUGCUGCUCUAGGUGCUGGUGAGGCUGCUGCUCUAAGUGCCAGUGUGUCUGCGCCCUCAGGUGCUGGUGAGUCUGCGUUCUCAGGUACCACGUCGGCUUCGGCCUCCCUCACCUUCACACUUGACUCAGGGGCUUCUCGCUCCUUCUUUCGAGAUCACACCACACUCACGCCGCUUGGUCGCCCGGUUGCAGUCUCCCUGGCUGACCCCUCUGGGGGUCCUGUCCUCUCUCACUUCUCCACUGUCCUCCCGUGUCCGGCUGCCCCCUCUGGCACCUUGUCUGGUCUUUACCUCCCCUCGUUAUCUACAAACUUGGUGAGUGGUGCUGACUUGCAGGAUGCGGGGGUUCACCAGUUUACUCCUGCGAGUCAGCGGGUGACCCACUGCUCGGACGCUCGCAUAGGCCGGCACCUGGCCACGUUUACGCCUGCGUCGGGUCAGGUGUUUGCUGCAGCGUCCAGGUCUGGUCCUGAGUCUGCCCCCUGCUCGUGUCGCCUCCUGUCUCAUGAGACUCUCCUGUGGCACCACCGUCUUGGUCACCCCUCCCUGCCUCGUCUCCGAGGCAUGGCUUCCCGUGUCCUUGUCUCUGGUCUUCCCCAGUCUCUCCCUCCCCUUCCGUCGGGGCCUGGUCCUUCCUGCGUCCCCUGUGUCGAGGGGCGGCUAUGGGCUGCCCCUCACUCCUCUCAGUUUCCCCCGACAGAGGCCCCACUGCAGACGCUUCACAUGGACGUGUGGGGCCCGGCUCGCGUCCGUGGACAGGGUCACGAGCGCUACUUUCUGCUGGUGGUUGACGACUACUUGCGUUUCACCACAGUCUUCCCCUUGCGCAGCAAGGGUGAUGUCACUGAGGUGUUGAUCGACUGGAUCCACGCAGCUCGUCUCCAGCUCAGGAGGAGCUUCGGCUCGGACUUUCCUGUUCUGUGUCUGCACUCUGACCGAGGCGGAGAGUUCUCCUCUGGCCUUCUGCGAGCCUACUGCCGUGCGCGAGGCAUCCGCCAGACCUUUACGCUUCCGAACUCUCCACAGCAAAAUGGGAUUGCUGAGCGCCGCAUUGGCAUGGUCAUGGACAUCGCUCGUACGUCCAUGUUGCAUGCGGCUGCCCCCCAUUUUCUGUGGCCGUUUGCGGUUCGGUACGCGGCGCAUCAGAUCAACCUUCAGCCCAGGGUCUCCAUGCCGGAGACCUCCCCAGCUUUGCUGUGGACGGGGAAGGUCGGCGAUGCGUCUGCGUUCCGUGUCUGGGGAUCUCGGGCGUUUGUCCGCGACUUGUCUGCGGACAAGCUGUCCCCUCGUGCUGCUCCCUGUGUCUUCCUUGGCUUCCCCCCUGACGCCCCAGGGUGGCAGUUCUAG